AUGUCUAUCGAACGAGAAAACCAGAUCCAUCCGAUCGUCACGGACCUCACAUCUUCGCUUUUCGGCGUCACGGCCGGUAUCCUCGGCCUCGAAUCUUACAACGGCUUCCUUCUCUACCUCGUCCUCUCCGUCAUUACGACUAUUUUCGUCUAUGUCGUCAAAGUUCUGCCCGAGUCAUUAUCUGAAGGGCGAUCGAUCGGGGACACACAGCGUUUCUUCAAAGGCGCUUUGCAGUUCUGGAGCGGUGGAUUGGCGAGCGGCAUGCCGGGGUUUGUGCUGACGUGGACGCUAUUCUACGGCCUUGUACGGGUAUGA